AUGUGGGACGACGAAGACAACAACCCGUACGGCUCGUUUGAGCGCCAUGAUUCCUCGCUGUCCAACCCCGGCCACCUCGGCUCGCCUGGCGGCUUCCGUCCCAUGACCCCGCCAUCGGAAGCGUCAUCCCCGCCCUUCAACUCGCCCGAAUAUAUCAACCACCAAAGAGACCUUAGCGACGUCGAGUAUGAUGAUGAGCGUCCGCUGGGACGCAGGGUCGAGCCCAAGAAGGGAGGCUACGACAGCCGGAUAGAGCAAAUACUCUACGAGAACCCAGACCUUCCCAUCAUCAUCACGCAUGCCGGGAAGAAUACUGAGGGCGGCAAAUACAUCGCCUACACGAUCAGGACUGGCGACCUCGAAGUCAAGCGUCGGUACUCCGAAUUCGCAUCUCUGCGCCAGACCCUUGUCAACCUCCACCCGACGCUCAUCAUUCCGCCAAUUCCUGAAAAGCAUACCACUGCAGACUAUGUGGCAAAACCAAUGAAGGCGAAGGAAGAUGCCGGCAUCAUAGAGCUCCGCAAGCGCAUGUUGGCCGUCUUCCUCAACCGUUGUCGGAGAAUGCAAGAAGUCCGGGAGGAUGGUGUGUGGUGGAGAUUCCUGGAUCCCAACGCCAGCUGGAGUGAGGUUCUUCUCUCCCACCCCGCCGCAUCUCUACCGUCCAACAAGCUUCGAGCUCCACCGCUCGACGCCGCGAACCCGACGUCUGGACACAAAUAUCUCCCGAUUCCUGCUGCAUCUGCAAAGCUCAAGGCCGCCAACCAGUCCUCGAGCGGCACACCCACGUCGCCGCCUAGCAAUGCUGCUCAGCCUUCGGUUGCCGCGCAUACGAUACCCGGACCGCAAGUCUUUGGACGUUUCCCACCGAAUUCUCAGAAUCUGUCCGAGGAGGAGUUAGAUCCGUAUUUUGUCAACUUUGAGGCCUCGUCAAAGGAGUUGGAAGCGUUGUUACAGGGAAGCAUGGAGAAGGUCAACCGUCGCACGCUUGCUCAUCUCAAUUCUUGGGGCGACGACUUGGCAGAAUUGGGCGCAAGAUACAAUGCCUUUGCGUUGAACGAGCAGUCACGCACGCUUUCCCAGGCCAUUGAGAAGAUGGGCCAGGCCGUAGACUCGACCUACAUCCAGACCGCAGAGUUGUCUUCCUCGUUGAGUGCUGGCUUUGCGGAACCAAUGCGAGAGAGCGCUCAGUUUGCUGGUAUCGUUCGCGACGUUCUGCGUUACCGCAUUCUGAAGCGCGUGCAGGAAGAGAUGACAAAGGAUGAGUUGCAAAAGAAGCGGACUCUAUUGGAAUCGCUUGAACGGAGCGAAGCCGAGGCGCAGCGGAUAGAGCAGUACCUUAACCAGAGCGGGACUGGAGUGCCGCCAGGUGCACCUAGACGAUCGCUUUCCACUUCAUCCCAGCGGAGCGACUCCGACAGGGCGCGGCAAGAGGAGGAUCGGGCAUCGUUCGACUCGGACUUUCCGCCCACGCACGGCGGUGAGCCGCCCUCGGCGCCUCAGGGCGAGCCCCAGCCCUCUAGCCAGCCGUCGUCGCCAAGCAACCACCACAAGAAGACUGCCAGCGGCAAUUUUGUCACCAACAAGAUCUUCGGCCGCAUCAAUCACGCCAUCCACGGCAUUGUGGACGUUGAUCCGGAGAGGACGAGGCGAGACCAAAUUGGCAAGACGAGGGAGAGCUUGUCUCAGCUCGAACAAGCGCUCGGCGUCGCGGACAAGGACGUUAAGGAUGCCAGCGUCGGUGUGCUCCGAGACCUCAAGCGCUUCCAGGGCGAGAAGGAAGACGACCUCAGGCGGUAUAUGAUCGCCUUUGCAAAGUGCCACAUUGACUGGGCCAAAAAGAACCAGGCGUCGUGGGAGGAGGCCAAGGCCGAGAUCCAGAACAUCCAAGCUAUGCCCUCCGAGUCGUAG